GCCGCUACGCCGACAGGAAGGAGCUGCUGGGUUUGCGGAGGUCUGUGAUAAACGCGCAAGAAGGUAGUUUAGCUCCUCGAGUCGGAAUCAUGUCUAUGUCCCAUUUGUAUGGGCGUAGAGGAGACGAGGAGGAUGAAGAUGGAGUCGAGAUCGAGAAGUUCGAGGUGUCUGAAUGGGAUUUGGCCAAUGAGUUUAACCCAGAGAGACGACGUCACAGACAGACCAAAGAGGAGGCUACUUACGGCAUAUGGGCCGAGCAUGACUCUGAUGAUGAGAGGCCCAGCUUUGGAGGCAAGAGAUCAAAAGACUACACAGCGCCUGUGAACUUUGUGAGUGGUGGCCUGCAGAAGAAUGCAGCCAAGGAGAAAGAGCAGGGGGGCUCUGAUGACUCGGAAGAGGGUGAAGAAGCGCCUCCGCCACCCCGCGCUUCUGCACCCAGAAAGCUUCAGACGGGUGGGAACUUUAAGACUUCUCAAAAGACGUUUGCGGGAAAUAUCCGGCCGGGCCAGGACAUCGGUACCUGGGAGAAACACACAAGAGGGAUUGGUCAGAAGCUUCUGCAGAAGAUGGGCUACAUUCCGGGCAAAGGCCUCGGCAAAAACGCGCAGGGUAUUGUAAACCCAAUUGAGGCUAAAGUGCGGAAGGGCAAAGGAGCUGUGGGGGCGUAUGGCAAUGAGAGGACUCAGCAGUCCCUGCAGGACUUCCCUGUUGUAGACUCAGAGGAGGAAGAGGAACAGGAGUUUCAGCGGGAAUUGGGUCAAUGGCGUAGAGAGCCUGGAGCAGGAAAGAAAAAGCCAAAAUAUUCCUACAAAACUGUGGAGGAGCUAAAGGCUCAUGGGAAACUUACCAACAAGGGCAUGAGUAAACCAGCUGGAGAACUUGCUCAGGUCAAGGUGAUAGAUAUGACAGGCAGGGAGCAGAAGGUGUACUACAGCUACAGCCAGAUGAGUCAGAAGCACAGCGUUCCUGAGGAGGCUCCAUUGAGUGCGAGUGUACGAGAGCAGAAGAGCACAGUUUUUGCUUUGCCUGAACUCGAACACAACCUCAAACUGCUCAUUGAGCUCACAGAGCAGGACAUUUUGCAGAGUGCUCGGCGUCUGCAGCAUGAGCGGGACACAGUAGUGUCUCUGACGCAUGAGAGCUCCGCCCUGCAGACGAGGCUGAGCGAGGAGGCGGAGGCUGUGGAGAGGCUAGAGCGGGUGCUGGAGCUGGUGGAGCGGCUGGAGACAGCUGGAGAGGGGGGUGGACCCCCGCUCAGCCUCCAGGAGUGCGCGGAGGCCUUUCAGCAACUGCAGACAAGCUUCUACCAGGAAUACAAGAGCAUGGGGCUCGCCGACCUCGCUGUGUCUGUAGUGCAUCCACUGCUGACCGAAAAGCUCAAAAGCUGGGAUCCUCUGAAGGACUGUUCAUAUGGUUUAGAAGAAGUGGGUCAGUGGAGGGCCAUUCUAGAGGGCACGCAACUUCAACAUGCCGCUCUUGACACUAGCAGUAUGGAUCCCUACCACAGAUUGAUAUGGGAGGUAUGGGUUCCAGUGCUGAGGGGCUGCGUGGCUCAAUGGCAGCCCAGGAACGUGGGGCCGAUGGUGGACUGUGUGGACUGCUGGGCUCCUGUGCUGCCUCUCUGGAUCCUGGACUACGUGCUGGAGCAGCUCAUCUUCCCACGGCUACAGAAAGAGGUGGAUAAUUGGAACCCACUGACAGACACAGUGCCCAUCCACUCCUGGAUCCACCCGUGGCUGCCACUUAUGCAGGCGCGCCUGGAGCCACUGUACCCGCCUAUCCGCAGUAAACUGGCCCAUGCACUACAGCGCUGGCACCCCAGUGAUGCCUCUGCCAGGCUCAUCUUGCAGCCCUGGAAAGAUGUCUUCACUCCGGGAGCCUGGGAGGCUUUCAUGGUCAAAAACAUUGUCCCUAAGCUAGCUCUGUGUCUUGGGGAGCUGGUGGUGAACCCACAUCAGCAGCUGGUUGAACCAUUCACUUGGGUGAUGGACUGGGAGGGCAUGCUGUCUCUUUCAACCAUGGUGGGAUUACUUGACAAGCACUUCUUCAACAAAUGGCUACAGGUGUUGUGUUCCUGGCUGAGUAACAGUCCUAACUAUGAGGAGAUCACUAAGUGGUAUUUGGGCUGGAAGAGCAUGCUUUCAGAGGCACUGAUCAGUCACCCAGUCAUUAAGGAGAAGCUCAACGAGGCUCUCGACAUCAUGAACAGAGCUGUGGCCUCUGGGCUUGGAGGCUACAUGCAGCCUGGCGCGAGGGAGAACAUUGCGUAUUUGACCCAGACAGAGAGGAGGAAGGACUUCCAGUACGAGGUUCCAGCACAGCAGCAAGAGCGGCGUGAGGUGGAGAGCAAUGUCCCACGACCUCCAGGCACCGCCCCUGUCCCCACAUCAAUACCUACCAACUUUAAAGACUUGAUCCAGGCCAAGGCGGAGGAGAACGGCAUCGUCUUCAUGCCUCUAGUGGGCAAACGGCACAUGGGCAAGCAGCUGUACACAUUCGGCAGGAUUAUGAUCUACAUCGAGCGGGGAGUUGUUUUCGUCCAGGGCAAAAAGACCUGGGUUCCUACGUCUCUACAGAGUCUCAUUGAUAUGGCCAAGUAAGAGACUAACAGAAGGGGGAAAGAUCUCAACCUGUUCUCAGUUGAGUCUGUCAGUUUGGUGGAUUUGUUAUUCUGUGACUGUAUAGUAUGUUGUAUUAUACAUUUGUAAAACUUUCAGUCCUUGAGUGAGAAAUAAACAUAUUUUUUUGGAAAUUAA